GAGCGGGCGAUGAUGCUCCAGUCUCCCCGGGACAGAUCCGCCAAAACACGGCUCCGAGCGGGCGCAGAAACCGAGGGAGAAGACGACACGAGUUUAUUUUCAAGAACGAGAAUAUAUACUAUGAUUUUCUGAAGAUUUGCGGGCUCGUUGAAGCGCAAAAGGAGCAGCGUCGCCACGUUUCAUUCAUUGGAAACGGUUUUCUAAAAUGGAGGUUGAAUGUUUGGCCCUGAAAGACCUGACCAGCCCCAGGAAGAGUUUUAUCCAAAAGGCGCUGGGGGAGGAAGAGGAAGAGGAAGAAGAGUGUGAGAGUGAACACAAGGAAAACGUGUACGUGGAGAGGAGGAGGUCGACGCCUCUCAAGUCCACAGACGCCGCUUCUGCUCUGCUCCUGAACAGAAAAGGCUCGGGUCCAGAUCUGUCCCACGUCACGCCCAUCAAACACGGCUCGUUGUCUGAGCCCUGGACGCCCACCGCCAACCUGAAGAUGCUGAUCAGCGCCGCCAGCCCCGACAUACGAGACCGAGAGAUGAAGAAAGUCCUGUUCAGACCCAUCGAAAACGAAAAGGAGCCGCCACAGAGCCCAGAGCUGAUGGUGGAGGAGGAGGCAGACGUGGACGACUCACAGUUUGAAUCUCUGGACGGGGACGAGGCCGAGAAGAAGCCCAGUCGAAAGCAGAAGAGUCUGGGUUUGUUGUGUCAGAAGUUUCUGGCUCUUUACCCCGAUGACCCUCCUCCCACCAGCCCCAUCUGGAUCUCCCUGGACAAAGUCGCCAACAGUCUGGGUGUGGAGCGGCGGCGCAUCUACGACAUCGUGAACGUUCUGGAGUCUCUGAUGAUCGUGGGGCGCAUGGCCAAGAACAGUUACUCGUGGUACGGACGGAGACGCCUGGAGACGAAGCUGAAGGAGCUCCAGAGCCGAGGACGAGAGCAGGGCUACCACCUGCAGAUGGAGACGGGGGCGACGGGGGCGACAGGGGCGGCAGGGGCGACAGGGGCAAGGGACUGUGCAGCCAACAGGGACGACGAGGCGGAGGAAGGAAACGGUGGAGGCAACAGGAAGGACAAGUCUCUGCGGAUCAUGAGUCAGAAGUUCGUGAUGCUUUUUCUCGUCUCCAAAACCCAAACUGUGACGUUAGACGCGGCGGCGAAGAUCCUGAUCGAGGACAGUCUGGACUCAUCCAGCCACAGCAAAUACAAGACUAAAGUUCGUCGCUUGUAUGACAUCGCCAACGUCCUGACGAGUUUGGGGCUCAUUAAAAAAGUCCACGUUCGGGAGGAGAGGGGGAGGAAGCCGGCGUUUAAGUGGCUGGGACCCACCGAGUUCAACGGCGCAGGAACGUCGCCCCCCGCUGGACUGGAGGCGUCGCAGAGGAUCACGUCGCAGGAUCUGAACCGCAUCAAAAUGUCCCGUCACGCGUCGUUCAACAUCACGCCGACGUCCGUGGUCGUUCAGAGACAAGUGAACUCUGCCCCCAACAGUCCACGCAGGGAACAGCACGCAGCGGUGCAGGUCCAGCCCGUCGACUACUCCAGAAAAACUCCAGUGUGUCGUCUGCAGUUCGGGAAGACUUCAGAGACCCAGACCCCAGCGUCGGGACCCCAGCCCACGCUCCUCAUGUCGUCUCUCUCUGGGCAGAUCCUCACCUCCUCUCACCCUCCUCCUCCUCCUCCUCCUCCUCAUCCUCAUCCAAAUCCUCCCUCUUCCUCUUCUUCUUCCUCUUCCUCCUCUCACUCCCACUGCCUGGCCUACCUGCCCAGUCUGUCCCAGCCCUCUGUGGUGAUGCUCUACAGGACCGCCGAGGGUCAGAGGUCAAACGGGGCGGACGGGGAGGACGGGAGGAAGAGGAAGAGAGAAGGAGAGGAAGAGGAGGAAGAAGAGAUGUCUGCGGCGAAGAAGGGAGUGAACGGGUUAAAGAAAAGUGACGAGGUCAGAGCAGAGUCUGAGUCCAGUCACAGUCCCGUCAGUGAAGCCCAGCCCGCACACUACCUCUACGUGCCCAACAACGCAGGUCUGAACAGUUUAAAUUUCCUCCUCUCGUCCGCGCACACGGCCUCUGCUCUCUCCCUCCCCUCCGGAUCUGUCCCGACGUUGGCUGUUCCGUACCUCCUCCUGCCCCCCUCCACUCUGCCCCCCUACCCGCUCAUCACCAGCCCCAUACGGACGCCCCCCGGCUCCGAAGCCCACCCCAAACUGAGCUUCGGCGUUCCCGCGGUGAUGUCUCCGGGGCAGAUUUUGGUCGGGACCCCCUCCACCCCGGAGCAGACCAGAGUGUACGGAGCGUCAACACCACGUUCAGCCAGAGGGGCGGCGCUAGAGGCAAUGACGCCUCAGACUCCUAAAGAAAACAUGACGUCCGCUUCCAAGUCCUUCUUCCAGACCCCGGCCUCCCCCGCCAACUCGCUCAGCGCUGCCCCCAACGGGAGAAAACGGGGAUCCGCCCAAAGACGACUGAACGUGGAGCACCCCCCGAAUAUUUAAAACUACGAAACAAAAACAAACAAAAAAAAACAAAUACUGGAACCAAUGGUGCUUUUUAUUAUUUGUAUUUUUCUGUACAAUAUCAUUAAUUGUAAAACGUAUUCUUAAAGGUGCGCUGUGGAACUUUUCGGGUUGGGGUUUCGUCAUCCCGUCGUCCGUUUAUUCGAUUACAGGUGGUUUUACAGCGCGAAAAUACCUCGAAAAGCGGCGUUUGACGGACUCUCCGACAGAAAAGUUACACACAGCGCACCUUUAAAAAUGAUCAAAAGAUGAAUUUUGAUUUAGUGCACGUUACCGGUUGCGAACGUGCCUCAUGGUUACAUAAUGGGACACUAGUUUGACGCAGUAUUGAAGCAGUACGGUGGUCCGCUGUAGUUCGUUUUUAGCCUUAAUUUCCCCUUUUUUAAAAUGUGAUCAAGCCACAGAAUUCAUUUUUGUAUGUAAUUCCCAUUUGCUAUUUAUAUUUUAAGUAAUAUAUAAAUGAAUACAGGGAGUUUUAGCACUAAAAUUUGAACACUUGAAAUGUUUUUAGAGCAUGUUUUUUUUUUUUUUUUUUUUUUUUUCCUUGAAAGCCCAAAUUCUUCACUGUUAAGAAAUCUCAAAUAUUAUCACACCAAUGAAAAGGAAUUUUGUCAAUUCUGGUUAAAUAUAGUAACAAGUUGGUGAAAUUAAAAGCGUUUAUUGUCUUUAAAACUUUCUAGUUCAUGUAAAAAGGUCAAAAGUGUCUUACAGGGACGCUGUGUAACUUUUCUGGUGGGUGGAUUAUAUUUUAAUUUUUAUAUUUCCUCACCUGGGACGUUCCUCGCUGUAGUUUUAAACAUUUUGCGUUUGUUGGAUUACUCAAAAAUACCUCGGAAAAACAAUGCAAUCUAAGGUUACGUUCAGACUGCAGGGCUUAACGCUCAACUCGGAUUUUUUUGGUGAAAUCCGAUUUUUUUUGCGAGGUCCUUCACAUUUCUUGUUAUUAAAUUAAAUGCGACUUGUGUGUGAACUUUAAACGCCCCAAAAGUGUCCCGCAUGAGCACUGGAGGACACUGUUUACAGCCCGAACCCGCAUUUGAAAAGCAUUUGACAGACCCUCUAAAUCUGUGUGUCAUUCGUUCAUUUGUUUUUCAAAAUAAAACCAAAAAUAAGAAAAUGAGAAAAAAAACAAAAAUUUUCUUCAUUAUUUGUCGAUUUUGUGUUUAAAUGAAAAAUGGAAAAACGGAUAACGGCCAUUUCCCGUUUCCGUGACUUAAACUGCGAUGUUGGACUGAACCGGGACUAAACCGUUUUCAGUCCCGGUCUCAGUCACUGUCUCAGUCCCGAUCUGGUCCCAGACUCAAUCAUGGUCUUAGUCCCGGUCUGGUCCAGGUCUCAAUCACGGUCUCAGUCCCGGUCUGGUCCUGGUCUCAGUCCCGGUCUGGUCCAGGUCUCAAUCACGGUCUCAAUCAUGGUCUCAGUCCCAGUCUGGUCCCGGUCUCGAUCACGGUCUCAAUCACGGUCUCAGUCCCGGUCUGGUCCAGGUCUCAAUCACGGUCUCAAUCAUGGUCUCAGUCCCAGUCUGGUCCCGGUCUCGAUCACGGUCUCAAUCACGGUCUCAGUCCCGGUCUGGUCCCCGGCUCAGUCCUGGUCUGGUCCUGGUCUCUGUCCUGGUCUGGUCCCGGAUCUGGUUCAGUCCUGGUUCAGUCCGGCAUUGCAGUUUAAGUCACUUAGUCACUUAAGUCACUUUUGGAGACAAAUAGUGAAUAAAAUAGUUGUUUUUUCAUUUUCUUAUUUUUGUUUUUAUUUUAAAAAACAAAUGACACACAGAUUCCUCCACCAGAAAAGUUACACAGUUCACUUUUAGGCCACACUUUCUGUAUCUCUUUGUGUCCAGGGGAUGUAGAAUAUACCACUUCUGCUAAAUAUUUACUACACUUAAUUCUUUUGCUUGUUUAGCUGCUAAAAGACGAUGUUUAAAGACCCUGAGGUACUUGAAUGACUUGUGUAGUAGUUUUUUUUGCAGAUUGUCAGAGUACUGUAGACGCCUUAAUAUUGUAAAAACUACAAACAUGGACGCUGCGGUAAUAGCAGUAGUGGAAGAAGUACUGAACUUUGUUACUUAAGUAAAAGCACAAAUAUGGAGCCAAAAAAUACUGAAGGAAAAGUAAAAGUGCCACAAGGAAAAGUAAAAAUGUACUUAAGUCAGGAGUCUCCAACCUUUUACCCCCGGUGAGCCUCUUCUACAAACCAAAAGUGUCAGAGAGCUUCUCCUUUUAUGCCGGACGUACACUGUGCGAUAUUUUCAGUCGUGUCACUCAGCCCCAGCUUAAACUGUACGACCGAAUCGCAGGGUUUAAAAGUUCACAGCUCACGAAUCAUGUUCUCACACUGUACGAAACGAUGCUUAAAUGUGACCUGCCUGUGCACACUGUACGUUCACAUAACGACAGGAGUUGUUGUUCUGGAAGUAAAAAAACACGAAAUUAGAAAACUACAGACGUGCGGAGACACAACGCUGAUCCAGGCAAAAAACAGACGACUGAACGUGGAGCACCCCCCGAAUAUUUAAAACUACGAAACAAAAAAACAAAAAAAAACCAAAUACUGGAACCAAUGGUGCUUUUUAUUAUUUGUAUUUUUCUGUACAAUAUCAUUAAUUGUAAAACGUAUUCUUAAAGGUGCGCUGUGGAACUUUUCGGGUUGGGGUUUCGUCAUUGUGCCAGUCUCUGCACAGACGAGCCCAAAAAGAAAAAGAAGAGGCGACGAAUAUGGUCAAAGAAAUGUCUGGGCAGACGUGGGCAGUGCAGGUUGUCAGUUCUUCAGAGGAAACUGGUGCAUCAAGUUUUUCACCAAACUUCUGUUCUGUGUUGCUCGAUUAGCUGCGCCUCCAUGUCCUGUGUCCAAAACACUCGCCGGCGCCAUCGUCCUCCACAACCUCAUAUCCUGCUUCCUCUUCUGUGUCCGCACAUGCUCAGUCUGACAGAUUCUGGCAAAUCAACUCGUGGAACGACUUCAACAGAGCGAAACCCUCACGAGAGGCGACUGGAUUUCACACAAGUUUGAUUUUCUUGCGAUCUACGAAUGCAGAUCGGGAGCUGGUCGUGAGGUAUAAAUCGGUUUUUACUACACGAAGCACGACACACGAUGAAGCCAAAACUCGGCCCGAUCCCCAAAACAGUCAAACGAGAGAAAAAUCGGCUCAAAAAGGGUCAAAAAUCGCAGUGUACGCCCGACUUCAGCUUUUGCACGAAAUUGAGCCAAUAUAAAAGGUCACAACUACCUUUUAGAUGCCAACAAACAUAAACCAUAAAUCAAUGUCAGUGCACAAUAUUAGACAUUUACUAUGAAAACAGACAUGUUAAUAAUCAAAUUUAAAUUGUAAUGUAAUAUGUAUAACUCCUACAUCCUUUGGUGAGCAACUUGGAAUUGGGUGGUGAGCUGCAAGUUGGAGACCCUGGACUUAAGUAAAAGCAUUAUAGUACCUGUUUAAACUACUUGAAGAGUGAAGUAAAGGUCUUAUAGGAUUACAGAUUUUGUGCAGUCGAAAUAACUGAAUCUGUUGUUUUCAUGCUGUCUUCUGUUUGGUUUUAUUUGUUUUGGCUCAAAUUACAAAUGUAUGUAAAAAUAAACCCUCGGUCUUUUCAGCAGGUCUCAAAAUACAAUAAAAAACUUUUACUUUUCA